AUGGGCGACCGGGACGCAUGCAGCCACCGUGACUCGCGUGCCGACCGCUACGGCGACAACGAGGCCACAGGCGGUGGCGGCCGGUACAACCGGGCGCGCUACCGCCGUGACGACGCCGAUGACGAUGGCUGCGAUCCGUUCCGGCGUCCACCGCGGCAGCAGGGCGGCGACGAGGACUCUGGCAAGCACGACCUCCACGCCCGCCGGCUGCGCGGUCCACGCACCGAAGGCGGUGAUGGCGGCUAUGGCGCCCCGUGGCAGCAGCCGUUUCUUCCCUACAUGCACCACGGUGGUGGGGCCGGUAUGGACAUCCCCUACCCCGAAAUGAUGAUGCCGAUGAACACCCAGCAGGGCUUCCACAGUAAUGCUGGCGGAGGCAACUUUGCCCUUCCGUUCAUGAGCGGCUGCGCCCCCGGCGUGAUGCCGUUUGGCUUCAGCGGCGACCCGAUCCCUAAUGGCAACCAGAAUGCCUGCGGUGGCGGAAUGAGCUCCGAUCAGCUACUCCACUUUCUCCUGCAGCAGCAGCAGCAGCAGCAGUCGGUGUCGUCCUCGUCCUCGUUGCCGCCACGGGAGCGCAACGAGGAGCUAGGCGACAUGACGAGCGCGGGACCGAACUCGGCCCCCACGACAACACGAGUGCUGCCAUCGGUGGACGAGUUCGUGCCAGUGGUGCCAAAGAGUCUCAUGAACCUCGUCGUUGGGGGCGCCCCGGCCAGCGGUGAUGGCGGCGUGGCAGCAGCAGGCUCGGCCUCGGCACCGCAGCAGCAAUUCGGCAACGGACAAGGCGGGGCACUCGUUCUGUUGGAGGCGCCCAAGAUCGGGCCGGAUGCCGACCGCCGCGCGCGCGAGCAGCGUCGCGCACACGUAUCCGGCUUCCCGCUCGGCACUACGCGCGAGGAGCUGGAAGAUUAUUUCCAUGUGCUCCUGCCGGAGGUCCGUCGGCUACAGACGGAGCGCCAAAUCCGCGAGCUCGCUGAGAGAACCGGGCUGAUCAAGGAAGAAGGGGAGGAGGCGGUGCGGCACGUUCCGGCCACGGCAAAUCUCGCGAGCAUUGAUGAAGUGAAGAGCCUCAGCGUGAAUCCGGGAAGAGUCAAGUCUUUCAGCUUCAUCGAGCUGCGGCUGGCGGACAUGAUCGACGAGCUGGUGGGCCAGAGUGCCGCCGACCCACACCGGUUUCUCUUCAACUCGUCGGUGGAUGGCCAGACGUACCCGCUGAUGAUCCGACGGCCGCGCGAUGCGGACCCGCUGACGGGGGUGGACGAGUCCAAGGUAGUCCUUGUUGGCUUUCCGCCCUCGAUGCCAGAGGAGUCCAUCAAGCCCGUCUUCGAGUCCUACGGCAAGCUGCUGAAGUUCGAGCUGCGCAACGGCUACGCGUACGGCGAGUUCGCCGAGCUGCGGGACGCCACGGACUUCCGCGCAGAUGUGCACGGCGUCGUGUUGGGCAACAAUAUGGUCGUUGCCCUGCCGCUCUACGACUGGCUGAAGGCACUGCUGGUGCGUGAAGACAUCGAUGUUACGAUCGAGGACGACGAUCCGGUAUCGGGCAAGUACGUCAUGAAACAGGUGCGGGAGCGUCUGCCUGAGACGUCAGCGCUCGGUGGGGCUGGCGCGACCGGCGGCGUCGCGGGAGGGGACGCAGGGGCUGGCGGCAGCUCAGCACUCGUGGUCGUCUCCGAAGACCCAGAGGCGGCGUCGCUGCAGGUCAUGCGGGAGCUACUGGACAUGUCGUUCACUCUGCCCGACAUGCUCGGUCGCUUUGCCGUCCUCUACCCUCAUCUCCGCCCCUUGUAUGCCAACUCGCAGCUCACCGUCUUCGCCACGCCGGUGCUCGUUCUGCUGAACCUCUUUGACGAGGAGGAGCUGGUGUACGACAGCAAUUACUCCCAGCUGCUGGCAGAUAUCGAGGAGGAAGUGGAGAAGUACGGUCGCGUGAAGCGGCUUGUCGUGCCACGCCGCGAGGCCAGGCCGAAGCUACCCGAGGCACCGAAGCCCGGUGUCGACUACGACGAGGACGACGAGGCCGCCAAGGUGGCAGCCAUGGCAGCCUACAGUGAGGCCAAGAAGAACUUCGGCACGGAGCUCGGGCGCUACAUGACCAAGCAAACCCACCCCGUGUGGGGCGGCUACGGUCGUGUCUUUGUGGAGUACGAGACAGUGGACGAGGCGGCGGAGGCGCAGCAGCGGAUCGCCGGCAAAAUGUUCGGCGAGCGCACGGUCGUGACGUCCUUCCUCUUCCCUGACCUGUUGAAGGACACGAACGAGGAGGCGACGGAAUCGGAUGCACCGGAUGAAGAGGGGGACGGAGCUGGCGGCGAUGAGGCCAAGGAGGCGAAGGACGGAGAAGGCGACGGUGACGUCGCAGCAGCGGUCAAGACAGAGGGAGGAGAGAAUGAGCCACAUUCCUCCUCACAGACGCAGAACGCUGUAGAGGUAGUCGGUGAUGCACUUGACGAGGUAGCAGCUAAAACGCCGUCGCUGCAGGCGGAGGACAUGGACUGA